GGGCGAGGGACUGCGCAAGGCAACAACUCUUUGGCCUUGUGUCGGACUGCGUGCUUUAGAACAUAUAACUCCCCGGCCCCCGAUGCUCAUUAUUGCCCUUAUAAGUCUCUGGGAACACCUUCAGAGUGUUACACAUUUGAACUCCAACUUGAGCGGACAAUAAAAAACACAUCUAAACUCACCACCGGUCCCCCCAGCACUUUCGCGGAUAUCACGAAUAUCUCUUAACAACAAGGCCAAUACGCCACAUGUCCGAGGACUUUACUGAGGCCCCCAUCAACCCGGAAUACUCUUCCGCAAACAAUAAUAUGGGUACACACGCUACACAAGAUCGUGCCCCAAACUCGAUAUACGCCGCAGGAGAUCCAUCACUGGAAUACCCAAACCUUUCUUUCGUCUCGUCUAGCCACACAAAUUCCAUGCACAGUUUUGGUUGUACUUUCCCAUGGGGCCCAAACAGCGACAUUAUAUGUACAUACUGUUCACCACUGCCUGAGGCCAGCUAUGACAGCGAGAUGCCACUGUACGACGAGAGUUCCGCCCCGGAGUCAAGUCGAGUUUCCGGUGUAAGUCCCACCGCUGGAAAUUCUCAGGAUGCAAAUCAUAUAGGAGGAGGUCAUAUGUCUUUUGCGUCCACCCAAGCUCCCGAGAGGUAAAUAUUCCCCGAACCCCAGCUUAGGCAGAAUUUUAGGGAGAUAGGAAAGGCAGGAGGGGGGUUGUGAGACAGCGUGAAUAAAUCGAAACUAAAAGUGGAAAAGCUACAGCGAAUUGUUUGCGAUUAACACUGCUCUCGGCCCGCGGUGGGGCGAUUACCAUAUCGAUCCCCAACAGCUCAUCCCGGCAGACAGGAUGAUCAUCGCGGAACCAUCGGCAACCACCAUAGAAACACCGAAAACUACAGCAGAAGGAUCGGUAAACACCACAGAAACACGAGGAAUCGUACUGCCUGUUUCUGUAUACAAAACUGCAACCCGCUUUAUAAAACGUCGUGCCUCGACCCGAACCAGCGACAGCAAAACCAGUUAUGGACAAUUAACAAGUACUCGCUCCGCCAGCCCGAGCAGUCCCACCAGCCCAAGCGCGGGAGUCACAAAGUAAGUUCUAAAUCGCAAAAAAAAAUCCCCUUCGCAAUAGUCUCUCUAUCUUUCGCUUUCCCCCUCUUCUUUCCCAUCCCAAAAAAAGAAGAAAAGUCCACAAGAAAGCAAGAGAAGACCAUGCCAAAAGCCAAUUUUUAUUGAAGAACCAAUUCUGAUCGUGAACCUCCUUCCCCCGUAGAUCCAAGAAACCCCACCAGUGCCCCGUGUGCCGUUGCGAAAAAAUAUUCGGCCGUUCAGCGGAACUUAAGCGCCACAUGGCUUCCGUGCACAGAGACCAAGUCCCCAAGGAGAAACGCCCGGUGCUCCUUGACUGUCCUCACGAAGGCUGCGGGCGAGUGGGGGAAAAUGGAUUCAAAAGGAAGGACAAUCUUGUCCAGCACCUGCGCGGUGUGCACGGAGAUAUUAUCGAGAAGUCCGGACGCAAGUCCACAACCCCGCAGCCGAACCUGGAGUCCGGUGCCGCCAACUCUGAUGCGGAAUCUACAGCAACGGUCGCCGACAAUGACCAAUUUUCGCAGUAUCAGCAACCGGCAGAUGGGUGGUACGCCGGAGACAUUUUUGAAAACCCUAUUUGGCCUUUUUGAGUGUAGGAGGGAGGACGGGGUGAAGGGGGUGCUUCGAAGAAAGUGUUUUUUUUUUCUUCUUUUCUAUUCCUCCUUUUUUUUCCUCCUCAUUUUGCUGAAUUCUUUCUUGGUGACUUAAUAUUUCGCUUUCCCCGUCACUUUUUGUCUUUUUCCCCGCCGUCUUGUUUUUUUUCAGGCCUUGUUUUUCUUGAUUUUUCCAUUUUAUCUCCUUUCCAUAUCCCCCAGUGCGUUUUUUUCCUCAUCUUUGCGAUUACCCCCUGUUUUCCGUUUUGUCCUGCCUGUUUAGCCCCCCCCCCCCGUGUGAUCCCACUGUUUUUGUUUUUUGUUUUCUGUUUUCUGCUUUUUUGUUUCUUUUCAUUUUUGUCAGUGAUUGCUGGGCGAUUGGGUUGCUUGCUUGGUUUAGUUAUCUUUUCUCUCAAAAUUCAUUCGUUUUAUGUGGAAAACCUAUUGCAUUUCUCGAUGGCCUCUUGUGUAAAAAUUAAUCAAUUUGUUUCUUGUACAUACUAUCUAUUUACUAGAUAAAUAAGUUAGCAUAGUUGCAUUACGGCGAGGACCGUAUGUCUAAAAUGGUUUAAAGUGAAAGGAUGGGAAGGGAGUGGGCGCUGGGGACGAGCGCGCGAGUGUGAGUGUGUGGAUGGGAGAAUGUGGCAGUGCGGAAUGAUCAAACGGGUGACUAGACGAGUUCAGCGUGGCGCAACCCCCAGCCCCGGUUACGCCAAGGAUACUAGCACCGAUGCAGUCGAAGACUUGUGCAACACAAUGAUGGGGCGAACGAGGGAGCCGGAAGCUGAAAUACUCGAGUAGAUGUGUGGGGCCAACGACGUACCAAAACUAAAAAAAAGAAUCCACAUCCGCCCACAAGAGUUACCAAUCCUUCAUCCACACCCACGACACCAAUGGCAUGACUUCCCGGCAUCAGAAGGAAGAAGGGAAAGGAGAAGAAAGAAUAAGGAGGAUAGUACUCCUGCAUCCCAGUGGUGACAGUUACCAUCGUAUUAACCUGUUAAUAGCGCUUCGAGAUGGCAUUCUGCUACCCCCACGCCGAGAGAAGGACUUCUAGUUGCGAGAUGAAAAGAGAGAGAGACAAAAAUAGGAAUGGUAUGGACGAUGGAAGCUUCC